AUGGAGCGCAUGGUGCUCCCGCCAUCAGUAGCUGGAAAAUCAGCUGCUACUAAGAAGCCAUAUAUCUUCGAAUCCUUUUCUGGAGACAAGGUCUACGUCUCUGGCACUCCUUCGGUUGCUCGUUUCCUUCUGACCGGGAAAGAAACGGAUGGCAAGUUCACCAUCCUGACAAGCGGUGGCCAAGCCUUCCCAGCUCCUGUGCCAUCUCAUUAUCACAAACAUACCCAUCAUGACUUCCUCUGUAUCAGGGGACAGUUGAAGGUAUGGCUUAAUGACCAGUGCAGAAUCCUCAGCCCCGGGGACUACGCCAGUGUGGCUCCAAACGCUGUUCGUGCGUACCAGUUCAUUGGUGAUCAUACUGAGAUCUUCAGUAUAAUCACUCCUGCGGGAUUCGAGCACAUGUUUCGUGGUCCGAUGUGGCCGGAUGCCGAUCUUGAAAGGGCUACUGAAAAGCUCAACUCUGGCGUCGCAAAUGUCAUGACCGAGUUUGACGUUAUCCCUGUGCCAAACCACAAGUUCCUUGAGCCGCAGCCUUGGGACAGUUCAGAUAACCAACUCCCUGGUUCUCAGAAGCCGUACUUUCUCCGUAACUGCACAGGACCUAGUGCUCUUCUCGGCGGAACAGUCGUCCGUCCAUAUGUUACUGGGGCCGAAUCUGGGAACACAUACACUCUGGCUACUCUUAAAGGGUCUAACCAUUUUGAAACGCAGCUUUUGUCUGGCGGGAUUCAGUUCCUAGAUGUUGACCACUGCUUCUAUGUGUCUGAUGGAUAUCUCGAGGUCACGGUAAGUGACCAUGACUCUUCACGUAUCGGCCCCGAUGAAGUGGCUUGGUUGCCUGCUGGAACUUACUUCGAUAUCAAGCCUGUCAGCGCCUACUUUAAAAUCUUUAUUUAUUCGCAGCCUGGCGGAUGA